CCUGAAUACCACCCCGGGCUCAACUCAACCAAGUGCGUAAUUACCUGCAAAGACCUUACCAAAAUUAAGGAGGAUGCCGAAAUUGUCGACUGCUUGAGGGACCAGCAGGUCAUUGAUGUGCGAAGAAUAACUCGAAGGACAAGCGAAGGCAGGGAACCCACUGCUACGGUUAUCCUAACCGUGAGCGGGACCACCCGACCGGAACACGUGGAUAUAGGAUACCAACGCGUUAAGACCAGACCGUACUACCCCGCCCCAAUGAUGUGCUACCAGUGCUUCGAAUUUGGACACACAAAAGCGAGAUGUAAACACGAAAAUGCGACAUGCGGAAAUUGUGGGGAUACACACACGUUGGCGGAAGGAGAAAGAUGUACAAAGCCCGCGUACUGCACACGAUGCAAGUCGAACGACCACCCAGUGGGAAGCAGAAGAUGCCCUUCUUAUCAAGAAGAGGACCACAUCCAGCAUAUUCGGAUUGACAAAGGCAUUUCUUACCGUGAAGCAAGAAGCAUUUUUGAGGCUAACACCGGCACCCGCUCUUAUGCAGGUGUUACUGCAAACAGCAAAAACCAGGCGAUAAUCGAUCUAGCUGCCCAGGUAGAAAAGCUAAACGGCCUAAUGGCAAUAAAGGACGCCCAAAUCAAGUCCCUACAAUCCCAAGCCACAUCUAGCUCCAAUACUCGACCUAACGACGACUACGAAAAGCUGCUUAACCUGGUUACAAAACUGCAGGCCGAUGUGGAGCUGAAAGACAAGCGAAUCCAGAUGCUCGAGGACGCCAACAAAUUGGAAAACAGGAUAGAUCAAGUGAGAAAACACGGCACCAUCGAGGACCUCAUAGCAAGAGUGUCCACACUUGAAAGUACAUCGUCUCAAAAGGACAGAGAAAUUGAAGCUCUCCAGAAGGAAAACAAAAAAUACAGAGACAUGCUUGGAUUUAAGGAACCAAAGCCACAGCGGCAAAAAGCCCCCAAAGAAAAGCCCUCCGAAUUACCCAAAGACACACCUCUCCCAUACCAGGUAACCAAACCCAAUAAAGCCACCGAAACAACAGAACCAAAACCCAAGGGAGCAAAACCAAAAUUGAAAAAAGUCCUCAGCAACACCGGCGAACCUGAUUCCAAACGGACAAGAGAUGGCAAUUCAACAACAACAUUGGUCAGCAAUAACGACGAAAACACCAAAGACAAAAGCGCGUACGAAGACAAAAACAUUUUCAAUAUCUCCGAUGAUGAAAUGUACGAAGUGGCUGAAACGGAAGAGCAACUUUAAUAACAAAAUCUGUCCAUUUCGCUAACAAAGCAAGUACCCUAGUAUAUUUCCAAUGUCUAUAUCAACAAAUAACUACGAGACAGAUAAGUACAAAACAAACAAACAACCCACUUUGGACAGUGGUAAUUCCACAGUAAGAAGAUCAUCCAGAAUCAUGAAACAAAAUGCCCUCCCACUAAAAGCACUAACCGAUGCACGUGAAUAUGACCUGUGGAUGAUGAGCAAAGGCGCCCACUAUCCACCUGCAGCAGGAACCUCUAAAACCGCUCAACAAACCCCCGCAGAUUUAGUACUCAACCUGAAGGAAAAGUCCAACGUUACAGC